AUGUGUGGCGAUGGUGCUAAUGAUGUUGGAGCAUUAAAAGCAGCACAUGCAGGAAUAUCAUUAUCAACAGCUGAUGCGUCAAUCGCAAGUCCGUUUACAUCUCGAACACCAACAAUCGAAUGUGUACCCACUAUUAUUCGGGAAGGACGCGCAGCAUUAGUAACUUCGUUUGGAGUCGUGAAGUAUAUGGUUGCGUACAGUUUGACUCAAUUCUUGACAGUUAUUAUGUUAUAUACGAUUGGAAACAAUUUAACUGAUUAUGAAUUUUUGUUUAUUGAUUUGGGUCUUAUUACAUUGCUUGUAUUGCUUUUCAGUCGAACGGUAUCAUACCCAUAUUUGGAUCCCAAACCACCUCGAACAAAGUUGAUUUCCUGGCGACCACUCUUUUCACUCAUCGGUCAUCUAUCAAUCUGUGCUGGUUUUCAAGCGUUUACCUUCGAAUUUGUUAAAAGACAACCAUGGUAUGAGCCGUUUGAGUUCAAUACGGAUAAAAUCUAUGUAUCGCAUAUCAAUACGGCUAUAUUUCUUCAAUCGACAUUUCAAUACAUUUGGGAAUCGAUUGUCUUCUCUCGCGGUGCUCCUUACCGUCGAUCGAUAUUUUCGAAUUGGUUGUUUCUUCUUUCGAUCGUACUCACAUUUGGAUUCAGUUUAGUUCUUCUUUUCGUUCCUGUCAAAUCGCUCUACAACUUCUUUGAGCUACGAUUCAUCCCGGAUAUAAAAUUUAAAUUAAUCAUUCUUGCAAUGGCCAUGCUUAACUUUGUUGUCAUGUUCAUGUUCGAAGAAUAUGUCAUUGAAAAUGAUAAUAUUAGUUUCAAACGUGCACCUCUAUCAUCAACAUCUCGAAACGAACGUUCACGAAUAGGUACACAUCAUCUACACAUCGAAAAUAUUCUUCGACUAACACCUGAUUGGCCACCUAUACUUGCCACACCUUCCGAAGAAGAGAAACCUCCUGAACAUGUAUUGGUCAAUGAAAACAAGAGGAACAAUCAAACAACAACAAAUGAAUUCUUUUGA